CGACACCGCACCGCGGGGCGAGCGCAGGACCCGCGGCUCGGCCCGCGGCCGCCGCCGGACCCCAGCCCCGCGCGGGCCCCGCGCCCCAGGACCGCCGGGGCCCGGCCGCGGGCCAGCGAGCGCCCAGUCCAGCGCCCGUCGGCACGGCCGGGCCAGCAUGGUGGACCACUUGCUUCCGGUAGACGAGACCUUCUCGUCUCCCAAAUGCCCAGUGGGUUACCUGGGCGAGAGGCUGGCGGGCCGGCGGGGGUACGCCAUGCUGCCCUCGCCCGCCUCCGAGGACGACAGCGACACCUCCAGCCCCUGCUCCUGUGCCAGCCCCGACGCGCGUGGCCGCUGCUCCUGCUACGGUGGAGGGCCGGGCGCCAAGGGCCAGGACAGCAUCUUAGACUUCCUGCUGUCCCACGCCACGCUGGGCGGUGGUGGCGGCAGCGGGAGCCUCGGGGACGGCGGUGGCCCUGUGGCCUGGGGGCCCUGGCGGAGGGCUCCGGUGCCCGGCAAGGGGGAGCAUUUCUGUUUCCCCGAGUUCCCCCCGGGCGACCCUGACGAUGUCCCCAGGCCCUUCCAACCCACCCUGGAGGAGAUCGAGGAGUUCCUGGAGGAGAACAUGGAGCCGAAGGUCAGGGAGGCCCCAGAGAGCAGCAAGGACUUGGAGGCCUGUGGCCGAGAGCUGGCCGGGCCCCACAGAAGCCACCUGCACCCCGAGUCUGGAGGCAGAGACCGCCGCACCCCACCACCAGAGGGCGCCAGUGUGGGCGGGGCCCGGGGCCCCGGUGAGGGGCCGGCGGCUGACGGGCCCCUCCCCGUGCUGCUACAGAUCCAGCCCGUGGCCGUCAAGCAGGAGGCGGGCGCGGAUCCCGCGUCCCCCGGGCAGGCCCCAGAGAACGUCAAGGUGGCGCAGCUCCUGGUCAACAUCCAGGGGCAGACCUUCGCGCUGGUGCCCCAGGUGGUGCCCUCCUCCAGCCUCAACCUGCCCUCCAAGUUUGUGCGCAUCGCUCCCGUGCCCAUCGCGGCCAAGCCCAUUGGGUCGGGGCCCCUGGGACCCGGCCCCGCCGGCCUCCUUGUGGGCCAGAAGUUCACCAAGAACCCCGCGGCAGAACUCAUCAAAAUGCACAAAUGUACUUUCCCCGGCUGCAGCAAGAUGUACACGAAAAGCAGCCACCUGAAAGCUCACCUGCGGCGGCACACUGGCGAGAAGCCCUUUGCCUGCACCUGGCCGGGCUGUGGCUGGAGGUUCUCGCGCUCGGACGAGCUGUCGCGGCACCGGCGCUCGCACUCGGGCGUGAAGCCGUACCAGUGCCCCGUGUGCGAGAAGAAGUUCGCGCGGAGCGACCACCUGUCCAAGCACGUGAAGGUGCACCGCUUCCCCCGCAGCAGCCGCGCCGUGCGCGCCCUCAACUGAGCCGCCCGGCCGGGCCCCCUUCUUCACCAAGCAAUAAUUUAUUAGCUCCUUCCGAGGGCCGUGGCC